AUGGACCGCUUGCGUGUUUUCGUAAUUUUUUCAAUUGUCUUCGGUGCAGCUUCUGGUGCCCUUCUAAAUGAAGAUGUUAGAGAAGUGAAUUUCAAGAAAUUAUCUAACGAAAGCAAUGGCUACGAGUUUGAAUACGAUCUGGAUGACGACGGUGAGAAAUUUCACGGUGAAACAUACCCUGUGCUAGGUGGUACUUACUUCUUCCUUAGCAUUGAAAAUGAAACGUACUGGACCGAAAUUAGUGGCAAUGCGUACGAAGAGGGUGACAAUUUUACGCAAUCGGUUCGGAAAGCUGAACGAGUUGACGACAAAAUCAAAUUUGAAGACGAUUACGCUAGGUUUUCUAUAUCGUUUGAUGGAUACAUUACCAUAACACCCUACCAGGUUUACUGGAAUGUGAAAAAUAUUUGUUUUACCAAGGCUGACAACCAAACGUUUAAUUUUUCAAUAUCCGCAUGGAACACCGAGCGAGACUACAAAUCUACAACGUAUCUCGUAACAGACGAUCCUAAAGUUCAGCGCCUGAAAAUCGACAGACUGAAAUGGGGAGGCAGUAGCCCUAUUGGUGUGUUCGAAAUGUACUUCACGGAUGACGAACUUCUAUCCGACGAGGAAUUCUGUCGGGGAGCCGACAAACCAAUUAAACGUGAGUUAUUCGGCAUUCUGUUUCUGUAA